AUGGAAGAUGAUUUGUAUCAAGACCCAUACGCGAUAAAUAACAAUGCUACAACUUUAAAUACACAGUAUACACAGCCUAUACAGCAUUCUCUGCCACCAGAUGCCGCUGAUGAAUCAGCCAGGAAGAUAUUCAUCGGUGGUCUCAAUUGGGAUACUACAGAGGAGAAUCUGAGCAAAUAUUUUAGUAAAUUUGGUCAAGUCGUACAGCUUAACAUUAUGAGAGAUCCAAAUACAAAUAAAUCGCGUGGUUUCGGUUUUCUCACUUUUGCUGAUUUAGAUAGCGUACAGCAGGUUAUGAUACGUGAUCAUUGGCUUGAUGGCAAGCUUAUUGAUCCGAAGAGGAAUAUGCAUAGACAUGACAACCUCAAGCAUAAGAAAAUCUUUAUCGGUGGUAUUCCACUGACAAUGCCCGUCGAGCAAGUGGUGGAUGAAUUUGGCGCUGUUUUUGGUACAAUUACAGAUGCUAACCUUAUGUAUGAUAAGGAGACAGGUAGAUCAAGAGGUUUUGGCUUUCUUACCUUUGAGAGUGAACAGCAGGCAGAAGAUGCUGUAAAAGAAGGGCGAUUUGAUUUGGUUGGUAAAUCCGUCGAAGUUAAGCGUGUUCAGACUAGGAAUGAGAGGUCUGGUACUCAAGAUGCCGGUAAGCAGUAUCAGACUUCGAUGUUCGGUGGUCCAACAAAUAAUCCAUUCAAUCCUCAAGCAAUGGCUGCCAUGUAUCAACGCAUGGGCUGGAAUGCAUUCGGUGGAAUGGGUAUGAUGAACCCUAUGAUGAUGGGUGGUAUGGGCGGUAUGGCAAACCCCAUGAUGCAGAUGAUGCAGCAGAAUCCAUCAUCCACUACCGCAGCACCUUCAGAAGGUGCUAAUCAGGAUGAAGAAUCUGCAUACGGAUCUUAUGGUGGACCACUACAGCCCGGCUUGGGUCAGGUACCGAGACAUAACGUCAAUACACCAAAAUCACAACCAGGACCUCAAAGAUCAGCGCAGCGUACACAAAACACUUAUAAGCCAUAUUAA